ACGGAGUCUGAUGUGGGAUGCGCGGGAGUGCAAAAUAAGUAGGCGAUAUACUUUCACAAGGCAAUACAUUCAAAAAUUUCAUCCAGCGUAAGUUAACCUGAAGAUAAGCGCCAUAUCUCGGAGAAACACUUUCCAGUGUUUAAACAGUCAGAUAUUCAGUUGGAGUAUACUUGAUCAUCAGCUAAAAUGGAUCCAAGUCAACAGCAAGCCAUCAUACAGCAGCCCGUAACUACAGUACAGAUGACAACUAUAAGCAAUCCGUUGAUGCCGCGUGGAGGACCUCGUGAAUGGAACUCAGGAAUUUUCGAAUGCUUCAAUGAUAUUCCUAUCUGUCUGUGUGGUCUGUUCCUUGGAACCUGCUACCAAUGCUGUGUGUCUACGGAGAUGGGUGAACACUGCUGCGUUCCCAUUUGCACACCUGGAGCUCUGGGAGUGAUGAGGGCGCAAAUCAGAGGACGUCACAAUAUUAGGGGCACACUGAUGAACGACUGCUGCAUGACCACCUUCUGUGGACCGUGCACACUGUGUCAGCUGAGUCGUGAGGUGCAGGAUAUCAAAUCAGGCAAGGCUCAGGUGUGAAACCAGGGCCAAUCCCAGCCAACCAACUUACCAGCAUUUCACAGGCGGUGCUAUGAGCCAUCUUUCACAAGAAUCUUCACAACUUAUACAUUGAUAUAUCAACAAAAGAGACGAUGAUUUUGUAUUCAAGUCAAUCAUUUCUUUCACUGUACAAAGUUCUUUAUUAUUCAUUGAAAUUGUCAUUAUUAUUUUUUUAAAGAACAAUUUGAACAAGCCAUUUAUGCCUCGUAUUAAAAAGUUAAAACUCUGAAAAACAGUUACAGCAAUGAAGUAGCAUGUUUUUUUUUAUUAAUUUGAUUGCCUUUUAACAACAACUACAGAAACUCAGUUCUCUUUUGGAGAAGCAAAACAAUCGAGCAAAACCUCAGGCAUUUUUAAUUCAGGGCAGGAGGGAGUGAAAUCAGAGAGCCCAUCUCGAAAACCUAAGGCCCGAAUUCACAAAGGAGGUUUGUCGACAAACCGAGGUUUAUGUAC